CAAAAUUUCACCGCUAGUUGAAGAUUUGAUUUUUUUCGUUUGCAGAUUUCAAAUUCUGUGAUAAAUUAUUGAAAAUUGUUGAAUUAAAUUGUAGUAAUCAUGAAAAUUUAUACUUCGGAUAGUGAAGAUUAUUCAAAGAUGCAGUCAAAUUUAAUAGAACGCGAGAAACAGGAACGUUUGGCUUCUGCGGCGUUAACCUCGGAAACACUAUCACACCUCAACAUCUCUGCCGAUUCCUUACCACAGCGAUGCCAGCAGCUCUUAAAGAACGCCUCUUCACUCCAACUGGCGUUACACAUCGAGAGUCUCGAUCCUGUCGCCAUAUCCUUAAGGCAAUCGCAAGAGUUGUCCCAACAGAUGUCUAAUGAUUACGAGCUGAUGGAAAUGAGACAGAAGAAUGCUGAAUUGGACAUUCAGAUUGAGAGGAAUAGGAAGUUUAUUGAAGGGCUGAAACAAGAACUUCAUAAUGCGAAAGAGUCCCUGAGCAACCAGAAUCCAAACCCUGAAAACAUCGAGGAUCACGUUAGGCAAAUAAAACAGAAACUGGCUUCGUAUGAAGAGAUUUAUGAGAAAGCAAAGGUGAAAUUCUCAAAACUUCAAGUACCAGACGCGAUACUGCCUAAAUCUAUAGAGGAGCUGGCUGGUCGUCUAGCCGUGCUCAAAGAGGAAGAGGAGAACCUCCGCCAGAGGGCUGAAGACAUCACCUUGGCCAGACAAGCCAGAAACACUCUCAACAAACUUCGCCGAGUUUGACAGGCAACCAUAGUUUUUGGCCUUAUAAGGAAAUUUGAUUUAACAUCUAGGUAGGCAGGUAGCACAUUUUGCCAUUUUCGGCCAUUUUGAGAAAAAGGGGGUUUAAAAACGGAAAUUAAACACGUUGUAUUGUAACAAAUACUACGAAUAAA